AAGUCUCAAAGCUGUCAAUCUUUCUGUUUAUUUUGGAUUUAAAAUGUUUAAUGCCUUGGAAUUUGGAAUGAUUGGAAGAUUGGAAUAUUCUUGAUGUAUUGAUCAACCGAUGAAAUUUAGGCAGGAUACAUAGUAUAUUACAAAGAAAAGGGAAUGAAAAAUGUCCGAAAGUGAAGAGGAAAACUUUUGUUACUUUGGCAAACCUUUAGAUCCAUAUGAUGAAGACGCGUUUCCGAAGCGGAGGCCUAUCACCGUCGAAGAACAAAUCGCCACAGACGCCCAGGGCCGUCGCAGGUUCCAUGGGGCCUUCACCGGCGGCUUCUCGGCCGGGUUCUUCAAUACGGUGGGGUCGCUGGAAGGUUGGACCCCCAGCGAAUUCAAGAGUACUCGACAGGAGAAGGCGCGCGGCGUGUCGCAGAAGCCCGAGGACUUCAUGGACGAGGAGGACUUGGGGGAGUACGGUAUCGCCCCGCAAGUGGUCAGGGCUACCAAGGAUUAUUCUACUUCGAAGAAAAGGAGGAAGCAGGUAUUUUCCGAAGGUCCAAUUCCGGGCCAACCUGUCCUAGAAACAUUACUAACAAGCGGUAACGAAACAGUCGGUUACCUCCUUCUCAAGAACAUAGGCCUCAAAGAAAAAAUCGAAAAACACCUAGACGAAGUCAACUCCGCAAGCAAAACGUACGGCUGUCAAAUGCCUGUUCAAUAUAAAAUCCCGACAAAAAUCGAAAACAAGCAAUACCAGAUCCCCGACAUUUACAAGGAGUGUCUAGAAAAACCGAAAUCGAACACUUUCGGCUUGGACUACAAAGGACUGGACAGAUCGCAUGUGAACCUUUUCAGAAGCUCAAACUUGGUGGUGACCGACAGGAACAACAAGAAAUUUUCGAUCGGAGGACAAGCUUUUGGAGUUGGGGCUUUCGAAGAGGAUGACGAUGACAUUUACAUGAGGGAAGACAUGAGCAAUUAUGAUCAUGAGUUGAUCAAGGAAAAGUGUUCUACUAGUAGCGAUGCCAAGCACGGCGAUUUGGUGUUCGGGAUGUUUGUGCAAGCGAAGAAUAAGCUGAUUUUCAAAAAAGUCUAUCCGCCACCUACGAUCCCACACAGUUUCAUUGGUAAGCACAAAGUGAAGAAGUCGAGGUUCGAGCCUCUAGCAGAGGAAACUGAAGAAGUUGACAGGGCUAGAAUCAAUCCUAAUAUAAGAGCAAAAUAUUUGGGGGAAGAGACACCAGAAGUUUACACGCAGUCUCAACCAAUUCAGAAAAAAGAAGUACCGACAAACACGCACAAGAAUCCUGAAGAAAAUAAGCCUGCAAAUGCCUUCAGUGUAUUGUCUCUCAUGUCUGAUAGAUUCGUGUCCGCAUCCCAGAAGGAAGACGUGACCGACAUCUUGGAACCGGUGGAGAAAAGCGAGACCACUCACGGCACCAAGGACAUGCGUGAGGCGGCCAGGAUGAAGAUGUUCGGCCGGUUGACGAGAGUGACCUUGGAUUGGCGGCCGUGUUCGUGUCUCUGCAAGAGGUUCAACGUGCCGGAACCCUUCAUGGAUAGACCAGAGGAAAAAAAUAGGAAGAGAACUAAAAACCUAAUUUUCGAAAACCAGAAACAUGUGGAAGAAAGCAUUGAUUCAUUCAAACCGGGCGUUACAUCAGUUGCCACAGAAACAAAGGAAGAAAAAGGAGAAGAAGAAGAAAAAAUGCCAGACUCCAAUCAGGCAGCAAAUACAGACACCAUCGAAACUCCCGAAAUAAAAAUAGAAAUUGAAGAAGCAUCCGAAGACAACAAGAACGAAAAUGAAACCAAAGUUGAGCCAGACUCAACUCCCAAAGAUAUCACCGAUAAAAUAGGGAUAGAAGAAAAAACGGAUCUCUUCAAAGCCGUAUUCCUAAGCAGCAGCGAAUCAGAAGACGAAGAAGAAGAAGAAGCGACCAAGAAACAAUCUGAAAAAGAAAAAACCGAGGAAUUCAAGGAAGCCCUACUGUCCGAUCAACUCAUUCCCAAAAUCAAACCACUUAAAGAGGGAAUUUUAUCCAAUCUGAACUUCCACCAGUUCAGCAUCCCAAAACCACCUGUAGAAAAAAUUGAGGCUCCUGAAACUGACUCAACUACUGCGGACUCGAAAAUUGUGGAUUCCUAUGGACCUCAGUUGCCUAGCGAAAAACCAGCGGGAAAAACUUUGCAAAUUUUCAAAGCUAGUUCUGACAGCGACGACGAAUGGAUCGAAAAAGAUGAUCAAGAAAAGAAGAAGAAGAGUAAACAUAAGAAGAAGAAUAAGAAAAAGGACAGGCAUAAACAUAAGAAAGACAAAAAGAGUAAGAAAUGAGUCUAGUCAUAGAUAUAUUUUAAGCUGUAUUGAUUUUACCAUUGCAUGGUUACAUUGUGGAGUCUGUGAUAUUAC